AUAUGACGAUGUGAUGCAAUUAUAAAUCCCAUAGAAUACAGUUUUACGUGUAUAAAAUUUGUUUUGUAAAAACAUGCUCUUGAAGUACUUGCGUGAAUACAUUUCCCAUCAAACACUUCGAAGCAUCGUCACAAUAUUAUUGCGGAAGUGCAGUUGCAGGAUUACAGCAACGUGAAUAUUGUGAAUUUCGUAGUCGACCCCCUGACUAGCUCUUUAGAUUGUCUGUGGCCCACAACUGUUUAACUUAACUGUGUUAAGCGAUUUGUGUUAUUGAUCCUUUGUUCGUCAUGGCAGCCAUGUCACUCGCUGGAAUGGAUGACACUGACAGCGAGGACGAGCUGCCGCCGGGCUGGGAAGAAAGAUCUACAAAGGAUGGAUGGGUGUACUAUGCAAAUCACGAUGAGAUGAAGACACAGUGGGAGCAUCCUAAAACUGGGAAGAAAAAGCGCUGUGCUGGAGAUUUACCAUAUGGAUGGGAACAAGAGACAGAUGAUAAGGGGCAGCUCUUCUAUGUGGACCACAUCAAUAAGAGAACCACCUACUUUGACCCGCGCCAGGCCUUCACUGUGGAGGAUGUGCAAGUGAGGCCGAAGAGGUUCGAUGGCAACUCCUCUGCCCUGGAGGUCCUGCAGGGUCAUGACCUCUCCAGUAAGGUUGUUCUCAUCACGGGGGCCAACUCUGGAAUUGGUUUCGAGACGGCGAGGUCUUUUGCUCUGCAUGGCGCACACGUCAUCAUGGCCUGCCGGAACCUGUCGCGAGCCACAAAAGCUGUCAAUCUGAUCCUCGAUGAGUGGCGUAAGGCUCGGGUGGAGGCCAUGCUGCUUGACCUGGCCUCUCUGAGGAGCGUGAGAGAGUUCUCGGAGGAGUUCAAGGCCAAGAAGCUACCUCUGCAUAUCGUGGUGUGUAACGCGGCCGUGUUCGGGCAGCCCUGGCACCUGACGGAGGACGGCUUGGAGACCACCUUCCAGGUGUGCCACCUGGGACACUUCUACCUGCUUCAGCUGCUGCAGGACACACUCAAGCACUCCGCCCCCGCUAGAGUGGUGGUGGUGUCGUCUGAGUCGCACAGGUUCACGGAUUUGCUGGACUCGUGCGGGAAGGUGGACCUGUCCCUGUUGUCUCCACCGCAGAAGGAGUACUGGUCCAUGCUGGCGUACAACCGGGCCAAGCUGUGCAACCUGCUCUUCUCGGCCGAGCUGAACCGCCGCCUCUCGCCGCACGGCGUCACCUGCAACGCCUGUCACCCCGGCAACAUGAUGUACACCAGCAUCCACCGCGGCUGGUGGCUCAUGACCCUGCUGUUCACCCUCGCGCGGCCCUUCACCAAGUCCAUGCAACAGGGCGCGGCCACCACCGUCUACUGCGCCGUGGCGCCCGAGCUGGAGGGCCUGGGCGGCAUGUACUUCAACAACUGCUUCCGCUGCCACCCGUCAGCCGAGGCCGAGAGCGACGCGUCCGCCCUCAGCCUGUGGGAGCUGAGCCAGAGGCUGGUGGAGGAGGGGGCCGGCGCCCCCCACAUCCUCUGACUGCCUCCGCCCACGCCUCCACCUCAGCAGCCCCCCCCUCCACCUCCACCUUCACCCAGCCUGGACCGGGGCGGCCGCCGCAGCAGCACCAGACUGGCCCAUAACACGAAUAACUGCAAGGACUGACCGCUGCCUUAAGGGGGGGGGGGGGGGGGAGAGAGUAUGAGAGGGAGAGAAAGAGAGGGAGGAAGAGAGAAAGAGAGAGGAAGACUGUAUACUGCACUGGACUGUACACAAGAGCUGCCAAAAAAAUCUGAUGGAAUUCAUCCACACUCAUCCCCGGUCUACAGAAAGUCAUCUUUAGAGUCCAUCCCAUCCCAGAAAAACAAAAACAAACAUUUAUCAAACGUGACACCAGUCAUUAAUCAGGUGGAGCUUAGGGCGUGGGGAGGGGGAGAAAGAGAGAGUGACUGACCAUCAGGUCCACCCUCUGCCCCCUCUACAGGAGGCCAUGCACUGGUUAGCCCUGGCGUCUCACAUCUUCACUAGUUGGCAUUCUCUGACAUGUCUUAAUCAUCAGCAGAUUAGCAUGCCACCAGCAGCCUACUGAUCCCCCUAACACUAGCACAGGGAGCCAACUCCACUCCACUCCACUCCACACCUCCUCUCUGAUGGUCGUCGACACAGCAAGGGUCAUUGGGGAGGAGAAGCCUGAUCUAAAACUACUUCCUCAAGUCGGACUUAUCUACAUCAACAUGUCUGCAUGUGUUCUAGAUAGCUUGGAUUAAAUGGUGUGCUAAUUGUAUUUGGACAAAUCAGGGAGAUAAGAGGGGAAGGGGGUGAACGUAUGCUUUUAAAGAGCAGUAUAUACACAUAUGACAAUGUUAAAUGGCUAAGAAUGAGCCUGUAUAGCUUGGCUAGACUGUACAUCAUUUAAACGCAGCAGUGGGCUAAGUACUGAUAUCUGGACAUCAUUUGAUAACUGGCCACCCAGAGUCAGUCUAGAGAAUAAGGGCUCUCAGAUCUACUUUAUAAAAGUGCUGUGCUAAUGGUACUUACAAUGAAGCAGCUCUGCUGAGGUUUACAGGGGCCAAAAGGGCCCAUAACAACUCAUAUGAUAAGAGAUAGCAUGUGUGUGUGUGUGUGUGUUUGUUUGUUUGUUUUCUGGGUACUUUUUCUUCUGAAAAUCAUUUUUUCUUUUUUUUUAACUUUUUUUUUCUCUGUACAUUAUACAUGCUGAGAGAGUUUUUUCACCCUGAAGAAAUGCUUGACCAAUUAGUUUAGAGUCUUUGUUUGUUUGUUUGUUUGUUUGUUUAUCUGUCGGUGUCGUCCCAGUUGGUAGAUUUAGUUGGAAGUAGCCGAGAAAUCAGCUGAAGGAGAAGGGAGAGGAGUCUGACGCUGAUAGUAAGAGAGGUGGGCAACGUUGUUGUCCUUGUUGUUGUUGUUGUUGAUGUUGAUGUUGUUGUUGUCAUUGUUUGUUCUCUCGUUCUCUUCUUCUUCGGGGAUUUCCUUUGGGAAGGUUGUGCUUUGGGGCAGCCUCGUAGGCCGGGGGGGGGAGAUCAGCGUUCCAGUGUCAUGGUUGUGUUUCUGGAAAGCACAAGAAAAACAAAACACAUCCCAUUAAAGUUGCUUUCUCUCACA